AGGUGGUUUCAAUUGAAUGUCUUUCGUGACAAAGAGCUGACGAAAAAUCUUAUACUUCGAGCAGAGAAAGCCUCUUACAAAGCCAUUGUAGUUACAAUUGACCAACCAGAUGUUGGUCGUAGAACAAAUGGCAGCUUCACUCGCCCACAAAAUAUUAGCUUCCCAAUGUUUGGUGACAACCCACAUCCCGUAAAUGUGGGAGAUGUGACUAAGAUGCUUGAUCCAAGCUUAACGUGGGGAGUCAUUGAUUGGAUAAGGGGAAUCACUCACCUUCCAAUCGUUUUAAAAGGAAUCUUGACAGCUGAGGACGCAUUGGAGAGUUUGAAACACGACGUACAAGGGAUCAUUGUCUCAAACCAUGGAGGAAGACAGCUCGAUGGAGUCCUAGCUACAAUUGAUGCUCUGAGUGAGGUGGUGAAGGCAGUGGAGGGACGUGUGGAGGUGUACGUGGAUGGAGGAGUGAGGCAGGGAACCGAUGUGCUGAAGGCUCUGGCAAUGGGGGCCAGGGCAGUCUUUAUUGGGAGACCAGUCCUCUGGGGUCUGGCGUGUAAUGGAGAAGAGGGAGUGACAAAAGUCUUAGAGAUUCUCCGAGAGGAACUGACGUGUGCUAUGACCCUCUCAGGUUGUCGACAAUUGUCUGAUAUAAAACCAAGUCUUGUUGUUCGGAUGUGAAGUAUUAUACCAAAUCUUCUGCUGCUGACUCUUUUGGGUUUUAUUAACUAGUUGCUACGUAGGAACUGUAACUUUAUUUCUCUGACAGUCUAUAGCUAGUGUAAAGUUAUAUAGGCUCGGGUCAAAGAGUUUAAGGCAGACUGUGAAAGAAUAAAAACUAAGUG